CCCUCAGGGAGCAAUAGCCACACAACUGGGACUCCUUUUCAAGGAAGGCCUCACUAGAACCAGUGGGGCUUAGCGCAAGUUGCUGCAUGGAGGGUGGGAAUUUCAGGCCUCUGCCAGGGUCGACGCAAUCCUGCUGGUCCAUGAGAUGAGGUGCUCGCGCUGACCAACCAUAAGCGUUAGAAUUCUGCAGUCCCAGCGGUCAGUUGAGCGCCGCCCUUGAACAGGUCUGAAGACACCAGGCUCUCUCUUGAGCUGGGCCUGUUCAAGGACUGCAGGCAAGUCUGAGCCCCGAGAAAUUGAGAACUACUGCUUACCAUGGCAGUGCCUGGCCAGCACAAAGUACAGCCCAAGGAUGUGGUGGGCACAAGAAAGGGAUUUAAACGCUACAAGUGGGAAUUCAAAGACUCCAAUAAAGAGUUCUGGCUGGGGGGACACGCCGUGGUCAAGAUCGUGAGUGUGGGCUGCCUGAUUGCUGGGCUACACUUCUUUGAAAAAGUGGCCACAAACCCCAUCAUGAUCCUGGUCCUCACUAUGGAAAUAUCCAUCUUUGCUUUCUUCAUGUUCCUCUACACCUUUGCCAUCAGCAGAUACAUGCCCUUCAUCUUCUGGCCUGUCACUGAAAUCUUCAACAACCUCUUCUCCUGCGUGUUCCUCGGAGGCGGCAUUGCUUUUUCUUUGAAGACUAAACGAGUGAUCCAAGAGCCCUAUCUAACUGCUAUGAUUCUUAUGGCAGUUGCUGCAUUUUUUGCUUUUAUCGACAUAUGUCUUCAAUUCAAAUACUUCAGAAGCAAGAAGGGACCCAACUGA